GUUAUCCAUGUGCUUUCAAAGGAAAUGUGUGUGUCUUGCCGAGUGGUGCUAGGCGAGUUACAGGUCCCUCAAAACAUCUUGAUCCUGGUCAUAGAUUAACUACCAUUGCUGACAAUCUGCCUUUGACUGACUAGAAUUCCUCUUUGGCCUUCACCAGUGAACGAUGGCCAGUAUUGCCAAGUUUAAUAUUGAUGCCCCUCGCUGGGACCAGAAUACUUUUAUGGGGCGUGUAAAGCACUUUUUCAACAUCACAGAUCCUAGGACGCUGCUGGUGUCAGAGCAUAAGCUGGAUUCAGCGAAGACAAUUGUAGAGAGCUGCAGGGCAGGUUCGGUACCCCCUGGAACCAGUGAGGAACAGCUUUUCUAUGCCAAGAAGCUUUAUGACUCAGCUUUCCAUCCUGAUUCGGGGGAAAAAAUGAAUUUAAUAGGGAGGAUGUCAUUUCAAGUUCCUGGAGGAAUGGCUAUCACAGGCUGCAUGCUGCAAUUUUACAGAACAGUCCCAGCUGUGGUGUUUUGGCAGUGGGUAAAUCAGUCUUUUAAUGCCAUCGUGAAUUACACCAACCGGAAUGCAGCUAGCCCCAUCUCAGUCAAGCAAAUUGGAGUGGCUUAUUUCACCGCUACCAGCACUGCCUUGGCAACUGCUGUGGGACUCAACCUUUACACUAAGAGAGCACCAUCCCUUGUGGCACGUUGGGUCCCAUUCGCAGCAGUAGCUGCUGCCAACUGUGUGAACAUCCCCUUGAUGAGGCAGCAGGAACUCAUUAAUGGGAUCACAGUGACAGAUGAAAAUGACAACACUCUGGGAAAGUCCAGGAGAGCUGCAAUCAAGGGGAUAACUCAGGUGGUGGUUUCCCGCGUUGUUAUGGCUGCUCCUGGCAUGAUUUUGUUGCCCAUUAUCAUGGAGGCAUUAGAGAAAUAUCCAUUCAUGAAGAAACUGAGGAUCACCAGCAGUUUCUCCUGAAUGCAAGUUGGGUGGGUUGAUUCCACCUGGAGGAAAUUGUCUUUCAAGUACCUUAGUGCAGAGCCACAGAGACUUUAUGACCUGCACUUUGACUCAUACCCAGGAGCUAAGAGGAAGUCAUUGCAGAAACUAGAACACAGGUAUAAUGUAAGAGCCAACUAAUAUCAGAUAACUGUAUUCUACUCUGGCCAUAUUGCAGUCUUACACAGCAGAAGCCACUAGUCAGGAGGACCCCCCAAUCACGGACCUGCUCCUUCAGGGGCAGUGCCAUCCCUUGAGAGACAACAAUGGGGCAGCCAGAGUAUCUCAGUGAACAAGCAGUAACUCUGUCUUUGCUUGAAUCCAGCCUUUUUGUCCCAUCCAGUUCUUAAGAGCUUCCAGACACCAGGACAAGACAUUGAUACCAUCUCCUCACUGGCCCAGAGUGAUGAUGUACAAUUGGGUAUCAUCAGCGUAUUGCUGCUACUGAACCCUAAACUGACAGAUGACCUCUUUCAGCAGCUUGAUGUAGAGGUUUUGUAGAUCUAUUAAGCAUUGUGUUCUUAGAUCCCGAAAGAAGAGAGAUUUGUAUUGUUUAUUUUCUUUAUGAUCUCAGCACUAA